AUGUUGGCCGCUCGUUUCUCCAGAGCCCUUCCCCGGGCAUCCUCCGUGGCCACGCGCCCGGCGGCGAUGCGCGCCAGCGCCUUCCGUCCUGCCUUUGCUCGCUUCGAGUCGACCGGCACCGAGGAGAAGGUCAAGGGCGCGGUCAUCGGUAUCGAUCUCGGCACCACCAACUCGGCCGUUGCCAUCAUGGAGGGCAAGGUCCCCAAGAUCAUUGAAAACGCCGAGGGUGCCCGCACCACCCCCUCCGUCGUCGCCUUCUCCGAGGACGGCGAGCGGUUAGUCGGUGUCGCGGCCAAGCGCCAGGCCGUCGUCAACCCCGAGAACACCCUGUUCGCCACGAAGCGGUUGAUUGGCCGCAAGUUCAAGGACGCCGAGGUCCAGCGUGACCUGAAGGAGGUCCCGUACAAGAUUGUCCAGCACACCAACGGCGACGCCUGGGUCGCCGCCCGCGGCAAGAACUACUCGCCCUCGCAGGUCGGCGGCUUUGUUCUGCAGAAGAUGAAGGAGACCGCCGAGUCCUACCUCAGCAAGCCCGUCAAGAACGCCGUCGUCACCGUCCCCGCCUACUUCAACGACUCCCAGCGCCAGGCCACCAAGGACGCCGGCCAGAUCGCCGGCCUCAACGUCCUGCGCGUCGUCAACGAGCCCACUGCUGCGGCCCUGGCCUACGGUCUGGAGAAGGAGGCCGACCGCGUCAUUGCCGUCUACGAUCUGGGCGGUGGCACGUUCGAUAUCUCCGUCCUGGAGAUCCAGAGCGGCGUCUUCGAGGUCAAGUCGACCAACGGCGACACCCACCUGGGUGGCGAGGAUUUCGACAUCACGCUGGUCCGCCACCUGGUCGACCAGUUCAAGAAGGACUCCGGCCUGGACCUGUCGGGCGACCGCAUGGCCAUCCAGCGCAUUCGCGAGGCCGCCGAGAAGGCCAAGAUCGAGCUGUCGUCGUCGCAGCAGACCGACAUCAACCUGCCCUUCAUCACGGCCGACGCCUCGGGCCCCAAGCACAUCAACACCAAGCUGACCCGCGCGCAGCUCGAGAAGAUGAUGGACCCGCUCAUCACCCGCACCAUUGAGCCCGUGCGCAAGGCCCUCAAGGACGCCAACCUGCAGGCCAAGGACAUCCAGGAGGUCAUCCUGGUCGGUGGCAUGACCCGCAUGCCCAAGGUGGCUGAGUCCGUCAAGGGCAUCUUCGGCCGCGAGCCCGCCAAGUCGGUCAACCCCGACGAGGCCGUCGCCAUCGGCGCCGCCAUCCAGGGUGCCGUCCUGUCGGGUGAGGUCACGGACCUGCUGCUGCUGGACGUGACGCCGCUGUCCCUGGGCAUCGAGACCCUGGGCGGUGUGUUCACCCGUCUGAUCAACCGCAACACCACCAUCCCCACCAAGAAGUCGCAAGUCUUUUCGACGGCCGCCGACUUCCAAACUGCUGUGGAGAUCAAGGUCUACCAGGGCGAGCGCGAGCUUGUCAAGGACAACAAGCUGCUGGGCAACUUCCAGCUGGUCGGCAUCCCGCCGGCCCACCGCGGCGUGCCCCAGAUCGAGGUGACGUUUGACAUUGACGCCGACUCGAUUGUGCACGUGCACGCCAAGGACAAGUCCACGAACAAGGACCAGUCCAUCACGAUUGCCUCGGGCUCGGGUCUGUCGGACUCGGAGAUCCAGCGCAUGGUGGACGAGUCGGAGCAGUACGCCGAGCAGGACAAGGUGCGCAAGGACGCCAUUGAGGCGUCGAACCGCGCCGACAGCAUCCUGACGGACACCGAGAAGGCCCUGACCGACCACGCCGACAAGCUGGACAAGACCGAGUCGGACCAGCUGCGCGAGAAGAUCACUGAGCUCCGCGAGUACAUCUCCAAGAGCCAGGCCGGCGAGGGCGAUGCCACCGCCGAGGACAUCAAGGCCAAGGUCGACGAGCUGCAGAACGCCUCGCUGAACCUGCUGGACAAGGUCCACCGCGCCCGCGGCGAGGACCAGCCCCAGGAGGAGCAGAAGCCCGAGGGCGAGAAGAAGGACGAGACCAAGCAGUAA